ACGAGCUGCGCGCGCACAUAACGAGAGGGCUAAGAUAUUAAUUUUAAUCAAGAAUACUAAAUAGAACAUAUGAAUUGAAAGCAAAAUAUUUACAUUCGAUUUUAUUAAAAAAUAAAAAAUAAUUGUGAUCAUCAUUGCAGUGCCAUGAAAACGAUGGAGAGAAGAGCAAGCCGGGGAUGAAGAGGAGUCUCCGGUAGAGCAGCUCUGGGUUCUGAACAUCAAUGAGAGUUGAAGCUGGAGAUGAGUGAAUACCUGGCCUUUGUUUAUUUGUUUUUAGUAACAAUUGGAGCCCAGGGCAGGUUGAGCAAUGCCUGGUUGAGUGGAAUACAGUAGGUUAUAAGGAUUGAGAGGACACUCGAGUGUACAUUGGCAUGGUGCAGAGGCACUCAUUUGCCCAGACCAUGUGGUUGGCAGAGUUCAGGCACCAUCGGUUGCCUGCACACCUAUCAAAUCAUCGAGGAACCGCAACCAUCACCGCCCGCCGUGUUCUUUUAAUGUGGAUGUUAUGUUCCUACUGGCAAUUCACAGUGGCGACCAGCCAGGACUUCAACCCAACUGUGAACACCCAGUUUGGGAAGCUGAGGGGCCUCCGGGUCGCAGUGCCAGGUGAGGUCCUUAAACCCAUUGACCAGUACCUUGGGGUGCCGUACGCUGCCCCUCCCAUUGGGGAGAACCGCUUCAUGCCCCCAGAGCAGCCCUCCUCCUGGUCAGGGAUCAAGAAUGCUACCCACUUCACACCAGUGUGCCCUCAGAACAUCCGCAACACAGUGCCUGAGAUCAUGAUGCCCAUAUGGUUCACCUAUAACCUGGACACAGUGGCCAAUUACAUUCAGGAUCAGAACGAGGACUGUUUGUAUUUAAACAUCUAUGUUCCAACAGAGGAUGGGACCCAAAUCAAGAGUCAAGGAGCGGAUUUCUCUCACAGUGACAGUGAAGACAUUCGGGACACUGAGGCUAGGCCUGUGAUGGUCUACAUCCAUGGAGGAUCAUACAUGGAGGGGACAGGGAAUAUGAUUGAUGGGAGUGUGCUGGCCAGCUAUGGGAAUGUCAUCGUCAUCACUCUCAACUACAGGGUCGGCGUACUAGGGUUCCUCAGUACAGGUGACCAGGCAGCUAAAGGGAACUAUGGACUCCUGGACCAGAUCCAAGCCCUGCGUUGGAUCAGCAAGAACAUCGGCUAUUUUGGAGGAGACCCGGGUCGCAUCACUGUCUUUGGAUCUGGGAUUGGAGCCUCCUGCGUCAGCCUGCUCACACUGUCCCACCACUCUGAGGGCCUGUUUCACAGAGCCAUCAUCCAGAGUGGCUCAGCCCUGUCCAGCUGGGCCGUCAACUACCAGCCUGUCAAGUACACCCGCAUGCUGGCUGAGAGGGUGGGCUGCAACGUGCUGGACACCCUGGACAUGGUGUCCUGCCUGCAGAAGAAGAGUGCCAGAGAGCUGGUGGAGCAGGAUAUCCAGCCAGCCCGCUACCACGUAGCCUUCGGCCCCGUCAUUGACGGUGACGUCAUCCCUGACGACCCCGAGAUCCUGAUGGAGCAGGGCGAGUUCCUCAACUAUGACAUCAUGCUGGGCGUUAACCAGGGGGAGGGACUGCGUUUCGUGGAGAAUGUGGUGGACCUGGAGGAUGGCGUGUCCGGCAGCGACUUUGACUUCGCCGUGUCGGACUUCGUGGACAGCCUGUAUGGCUACCCGGAGGGGAAGGACACUCUGAGGGAGACCAUCAAGUUCAUGUACACGGACUGGGCUGACAGGGACAACCCAGACACCAGGAGGAAGACAUUAGUCGCCCUGUUCACUGACCAUCAGUGGGUGGAGCCCUCGGUGGUGACGGCUGACCUGCACGCCCGCUACGGCUCGCCCACAUACUUCUACGCCUUCUACCACCACUGCCAGAGCCUGAUGAAGCCUGUGUGGUCGGACUCAGCCCACGGGGACGAGGUGCCCUAUGUGUUUGGCAUCCCCAUGGUGGGAGCCACUGACCUGUUCCCCUGCAACUUCUCCAGGAACGACAUCAUGCUCAGCGCUGUGGUGAUGACUUACUGGACCAACUUUGCCAAGAGUGGUGACCCCAACAAGCCAGUGCCCCAGGACACUAAGUUCAUCCAUACCAAGGCCAACCGCUUUGAGGAGGUGGCCUGGUCCAAGUACAACCCCCAUGACCAGCUGUACCUGCACAUUGGCCUGAAGCCUCGCAUCCGCGACCACUACCGCGCCACCAAGGUAGCCUUCUGGAAGCACCUGGUGCCCCACCUGUAUAACCUCCAUGACAUGUUCCAUUACACCUCCACCACCACCAAGGUACCUCCCCAGGACACCACCAACUCCAACGGCAAGAGAACCGGCACCACCAAGCGUCCGCCUGUCUCCACGGCCCACAGCAGUGAUGGGGAGGAGACGGGUCCUCUGAUCGUGGCUAACCCCAGAGAUUACUCUACUGAGCUGAGUGUCACCAUCGCUGUGGGUGCCUCGCUGCUGUUCCUCAAUGUGCUGGCCUUCGCAGCGCUCUACUACCGUAAGGACAAGCGCAGCCGGCAGGGUGGCCACGGUGGCCCCCACCAGGCCAGCCCCCAGCGGCAGAGCAACGGCAACGACGUGAGCCACACCACCACCGACGAGAGCCUGUCCCAUCAGAUGACCCAGUGCAGCCAGAUGAACCAGUGUGACACCCUGCAUGACCUCCACGACCUCCCUGAUCUACACGACCCCCUGCACCUCUCCCCCAACAUGGACUACACCCUGACCCUGCGCCGCUCACCAGACGACAUCCCCCUGAUGACGCCAAACAACAUCACAAUGAUCCCCAACUCCCUGAUGGGCCUGCCCAACAUGCACCCCUACAGCACCUUCCCAGCCGGGUACAACUCCACCAUCCUGCCUCACUCCCACUCCACCACCCGGGUCUAGACCUAGCCUGGGACAGAAGAUAUACAGACCACAGUCGACAGAGAUUGUAGAGGUGAGCUGAGGGGCGAGCUGUGCUGUACAUUAAUUAAUACAAACAGUAGUUGGGUUGGGAUUAGUUUAUGUUCAUACUGCAAGAGCCAUGCAAAGCUUUUCCUGGUCAAAUGGUGCAGAAUCGCCGCCAAUAUACUACUGCCUCCUCUCCUCAUAGAGGGAGGUCUAUAAGCAGUGUCAUUUUUUUAAUCAUCAAUUUCAAGACUUGUGAGCUGGUUAAAAUGAGAAGUGCUUUUUAUUUCCCAUUGUCUUUUGAUGGUAACAUUUUUGGGAACUUUCUCUUGUACGACCUCAGCAUAAUGUUUGUACAGUUGGAUUUGUACGGGAAGCUUUUUUUCUUCCUAUGAUAUCUGUUUUGAUCUUCUGUGUGGAACAAGUGUCAUCUGGACUCAUCACUGACUGAAAUAACAUUUGUAAAAAGCAGAAAAUCUGUGUUAUUAAGCAAUUUUAUACAUAUUCCUCAUGUUAAACUCAACUUAAAAGGGUAUUUUUUACUGACUAAAGAAUUGCAGAAAUACUAUGUUACUGUGACUGUGAUCAUUUGAACCUUUACUACAACAUUGAUUACAAUUUGUAGUAAAAGUAUCACAUUUAUCCAAUAAUAUUUCUAUUUGAAUAUGAACAAUAUAUCACCCCUAUAUACAGUAUGUGCGUGCGUGUGCCCGCGUGUGUGUUUACACUCUGAAGUGUAAUGUAAAGCUGUAAAUUGUUAAGAAAUUUGUUUGACAUUUUGUUUGAAGUAUUGGCUUUCAUCAUAUUUAGUGUUGUACUCCGAUCUAUGCUCGUCUGUCUAAGUGUCUUUGUUCAUUUUCAGUUAACUGUGUCUUAUUUUGCUGAACACGUUGUGGGAAUACAACUUCUGCUUUAUUAUAAAAAGACAAUAGCUUAAGAUGGCACAUACUCUAACCAACUGAUGUGAUUCCAUUGGCUUGGCUUGUUUGUACACAAUAAACUUAGACCAGCACUUUU